UUUUAGUUGUGUUCAGUUAAGAGAUCCAAAUGGGUAGCCUCCCAUUCCACCAUGAUUCACAUGAAACCACCUCUGCCCUCAUCACCAAAUCCCUAGACCCUGAAGAAUUGAGGAAAUACGGCCACAUGGUCGUAGACUUCAUCGCAGAUUAUUACCAAAACAUAGAGAAAUACCCAGUUCUAAGCCGAGUGCAACCUGGUUAUUUGAGAAAAUGCCUACCAGAUUCUGCCCCAUAUAACCCUGAACCCAUAUCAACCAUCCUUAAAGAUGUUCAGGAUCACAUUGUUCCUGGCCUAACACAUUGGCAAAGUCCAAAUUUCUUUGCAUACUUCUCUUCAACUGCUAGCACUGCUGGGUUUCUCGGUGAAAUGCUCACCACUGGACUUAAUGUGGUGGGGUUCAACUGGGUUUCAUCACCAGCAGCAACCGAGCUCGAAAACAUAGUCAUGGAUUGGUUGGCAGACAUCCUUCAGCUUCCCAAGUCUUUCCAUUUCUCUGGCAACGGAGGCGGUGUGUUACAUGGGAGUACUUGUGAGGCCAUUGUUUGCACAAUGGCAGCUGCCAGAGACCAAAUGCUACGCCGAAUUGGUAGCGAGAAUUUGGGAAAUCUUGUUGUGUAUGGUUCAGACCAAACACAUAGCACACUUCAGAAAGCUUCCCAAAUUCUUGGAAUCAACAUGGAGAACUUCCGGGCCAUCAAGACUACAAAGUCAACUGAAUUUGCACUAUCACCUGAGAUGCUAAGAUUGACAAUAAGUUCAGACCUAGAAGAAGGGUUAGUGCCACUCUUUGUAUGUGCCACAAUAGGCACAACCGCAACCACUGCUAUUGAUCCAUUGGAGGCACUAUGUCAUGUAGCAAAAGAAUACGGCGUGUGGGUUCAUGUGGAUGGUGCAUAUGCUGGAAGCGCAUGCAUUUGUCCAGAGUUUCGACAUUUCAUUGAUGGCGUAGAGGGCGCAAACUCUUUUACUUUUAACCCCCAUAAGUGGUUAUUCACUGGAAUGGAUUGCUGCUGCCUUUGGGUUAAGAAUCCGAGUGCAUUGGUACUUUCAUUGUCAACGAAUCCAGAGUUUUUGAGGAACACAGCCAGUAACUCAAAGCAAGUUGUGGACUACAAAGACUGGCAAAUAGCACUGAGCCGGAGGUUCCGAGCAUUGAGGGUAUGGCUUGUGCUAAGAAGCUACGGCGUGGCCAACCUUCGAAACUUUAUACGUAGCCAUGUCAAAAUGGCCAAGACUUUUGAAGGGCUUGUGAGAAUGGACAAGAGGUUUGAGAUUGUGGUGCCUAGAGACUUCUCCUUGGUCUGCUUUAGAAUUUCACCAUCGGCGUUGAUCAGUAGGGAUGAGGAUGGUGAGAUCGGUAUGAUAAACGAGGUCAACUGCAAGCUGCUAGAUUCCAUCAACGCAUCAGGUAAAGCAUACAUGACCCAUGCUGUGGUUGGAGGUAUCUUUCUGCUGCGGUGCGCCAUUGGUGCUACUCUGACAGAAGAAAAGCACAUAGUCCAGGCUUGGAAGGUGGUGCAAGACCAUGCACAAGCCAUCCUCAAUAUG